UCUUCGUCUCUAGUACUAUUUACUUUGUUUUGUGGGGUUUUUGCUGUUUCCAUCUUCAGAUAAAAACCUUAGAUAGAAAGAGAGAAACAAUGGGGGAUGGUGGUUGUAGACCUUUGGGUUUCUUGAUUGGACUUCCGUUUGCUCUGAUUGCAUUGGUUUUAUCUCUUGUUGGCGCUGUUAUUUGGGUUCUUGGGACUGUGUUGAGUUGUAUAUGCCCAUGCUGCAUAUGUUGUGCUGGACUUGCUAACUUUGCUGUAUCACUCAUCAAACUUCCGUUCAGUAUUAUCAGUUGGUUCAUUGAUCAGAUCCCUUGUUAAAUAUGUUCACCUCACUUACAUUUUGAUACACCCAAUUACCUUGGAGAUAUGAUUCUACUCAUUUCAAUUGAUUACUCCAUGACGUUCCAUUAGCAAUGUGUUUGCUCUUUUAAUACUGUAUCGCUUGAAACUUUGAAGGAAUCAUAUUCCAUUCAUACACAGAUGUAGCUAUUGAUUGAAUAGUC